AUGAAGAAGAGUGCCAUGCAAUCGCAAGUGGAAGGAGCCCGUUCUAGUUGGCUGGACAAAGCGAAUCCAGACAUGACCCAGGUGGAAGAACUCUACAAAGAGGCCCUGGAUUCCAUUUUGGAUCAUCAUUGUUCCAACAAUAAUAAGAGCAAGAAGCGAAAAUUGGAAGAACAAGAAUUGGCGGCACAAUUGGAACUGGAAUGCUGGGAACGGUUGACCGUGGAACAGUACUGCAUGAUUCUGUGUCAAUCAGGACGAGCCAAUCAAGCCAAGCCGUGGUUGCAACGCCUGGGAUGUACCUGUCGUUUGGCACAAGCAGUUCUGGAUUAUCCAACUGAUACCCAUACUGAUACUCAUGACCAUGACCAUAACAGUGACACUACUACAUGUAGUAUUGCCUGCCAUGCGUGGGAUAACCUAUUGUCUCCCUGUCAACUUCAACACAUGCAAGACGUGUUCAACGACCCCCAGGCGGAUUACUGGCUUCAACACAAUUAUCAAGUAGAACCUCCUUCUCCCUACUUUUCCUACAUUAUUCCACUCCAACGGCAACACAACAGCAACAGCAACAACAGCAACAUGACGGUCGACACAAAGUUUGGCGCUUUGGGAACCAUUAUUCAAACCCUCCAUUCCCAUUUCCUACCACAAUUUCCCAAAUUAGCCACGGCUUCCAUGGUGGAAUUAUGGGCACACAAUCGACCGCAUCCCACCGGACAUCAAUUCCAUUUUGACAGUGACAAUGAAGGACAAGGGCGCAUCAUUAAAAAUCCAAUCAUGACAAUCAUCCUAUACUUGUCCACUACAUGCGGGGGUGGACCCAGUGUCGUUACCAAUCAAUCCCUCGUCAGUAAAAACUUGGCUACACGGGCCGUCCUAUCGCACCCGUCCACCCCAGGACGGGUCGUGGCAUUUGCCGGAAAUUUAUUGCAUGGUGUCAUUCCGGGAAAAUAUUCUCCUUCCACUGAUCCCACUACUACGCACAACAACAAUACUAACUCCAGCAGCAGUCAUCGUCGUGUCACGGUCAUGCUGGCGUAUUGGAGACGGAUUCGAGUACGACCAUCCGACAAACCGGGAGCCGCUCGACCCUUUCCCAACAAGGGCGACAGUCCUUGGAGUGACUUGCUCGUACGGCCUCAAUCAGCAAACGACAACGAGUCACCACCCCCCGUCGAGCAACACCCCAUUCCCAUUGACCACGUGUACGAAACAUUGGACGGAGAACCGUGGACAAAAGCCAUGGGAUUUCCAGAAUAUGAUCAAGUGUUUCAGGGAUUCUAG